UCUCGCUGAAACAAAAAAAACAUCUAGUUCAAGAGCUACUAGUAGCUACAUUGCGCUAAUCAAGAUGAAAGCCGCCGAGGAUCAAGUUGUGGAGGAUGAGGCCGGAUACCAAGAUGAUGAGGAGUCCUUUUUCCAAGACAUAGACACCCUACAGAAGCAUGGAAUUAACAUGGCAGAUUUAAAGAAGCUAAAGUCUGUGGGUAUCUGCACAGUAAAGGGGAUCCAGAUGACCACACGCAGAGCCCUGUGUAACAUCAAGGGUCUUUCAGAAGCAAAGGUGGACAAGAUCAAAGAGGCUGCUGGGAAAAUUCUGACCAAUGGUUUCCUGACAGCAUUUGAAUAUAGUGCGAAGAGGAAACAAGUGUUCCAUGUCAUGACUGGAAGCCUGGAGUUUGAUAAACUACUUGGGGGAGGUAUGGAGAGCAUGGCAAUCACUGAGGCAUUUGGAGAGUUUCGGACAGGCAAGACCCAGCUCUCUCAUACACUAUGUGUCACAGCCCAGCUUCCUGGAGAGGACGGCUACACAGGAGGAAAAGUCAUCUUCAUCGACACAGAGAACACCUUUCGUCCAGACAGACUGAAGGACAUAGCAGACAGGUUCAAUGUCGACCAUGAUGCUGUGCUGGACAAUGUGUUAUACGCCCGAGCCUACACCAGUGAACACCAGAUGGAGCUGUUGGAUUUUGUGGCGGCCAAAUUCCACGAGGAGGGUGGUGUCUUCAAACUUCUGAUCAUAGACUCCAUCAUGGCUCUGUUCCGGGUAGAUUUCUCUGGCCGAGGGGAGCUGGCAGAGAGACAGCAGAAGCUGGCCCAGAUGCUCUCCCGUCUGCAGAAGAUCUCUGAAGAGUACAACGUUGCAGUGUUUGUCACCAACCAGAUGACUGCAGACCCUGGAGCUGGGAUGUCGUUCCAAGCUGAUCCCAAGAAGCCGAUUGGAGGGCACAUCCUGGCGCAUGCGUCCACCACACGAAUCAGCUUGAGGAAAGGACGCGGAGAGUUGAGAAUUGCCAAGAUAUUUGACAGUCCUGAUAUGCCUGAGAACGAGGCCACUUUCGCCAUCACUCCAGGGGGAAUUGCUGAUGCCAAAGAGUGAAAGACCCUCAUGGAUUUACAAGUAGAGGAGAGGAACCACAUACAGUUCUAGGCAGUUUUUAGCAAAUCGUAAUUUUUUGAAUUCUGAUGAAGACUAUUUGUACUAUUUGGUGUUUAUAUGUAAAGUGCCUUCAGAAAGUAUUUAUACCCCUAGACUUUUCCCACAUUUUGUUGUGUUACAAAUUGUGAUUAAAAUAGAUUUAAUUGUCAUUUGU